AUGUUGGAACCAGACGACCUAUCAUUUGGAGAUGGCUGGGUCUUAGAAUCUCAAGAACACGGCGAGUACCUCUACGAAACCGACCCGCCCGAGCUCUACAGUCAAUACGACGAGGAUUCUUUCGGAUUCGAAGAUCCGCUCCUUUCGGCUACGCCAUCAACUUCGGCCGCUGAAUUGAUACCGGAACAUUCGAUCGAGCAGCCGUAUGCAUCAAACAAAAAUCCGAAAGCGACGAUUGCCGACUGUCAAAUCUGUGGAAUGGUCCUGAUGCAUCCAUCAAAGAUUUUGGCCCACAUCCGCACUCAUACCGGUGAACAGCCGUUUGCUUGCGAAUUCUGCGGUCAGAGGUUUACUCAGCGGACCCCGUGGCGCAUGCAUGUCAAGAAACAUUUGGGAGAUACGCCUUUCAUGUGCUCGACAUGCGGUCGCGGAUUUCCGAGCAAGGGCCUGAGGAACGCGCACGAGCUGUUGCACCAGGGAUUGCGUCGACGUGGCGCUCCAAGGCCUCACCUGAAGCCCCAGAAGCUGCUUGUCACCUAUGUUGAAGAGCCGCCAAUAGAACCAACUGAAGCCGUUCAGAUGAUUGCCCCAGACGCUCCUUUCGCACCCGCCAUCCCCCAGAAGGCUAUGGUGGAAUUAUCGCACGUCGAGCAAAGCAUUCCAAUUCAAGAUGAACCGUGUGUUACUCUCGAAUCUGUCGCUGAAAUACCAGAAGAACAGCUUCAACUUCCAAGUUUCGAGAAAGCAGCCACAACUACGACUUGCUCGUUUUGCGGGUUGGCGCUAAAAUACCCGAGCAAAAUUAGAGCCCACAUGCAAAUCCACCUUGGCAUCAAGGAAUUUUCGUGCGACGAAUGCGGGGAUUUAUUUUCCACGAGGGGCAGUCUCAAUUCCCACAUUCGGCGAAAACAUAAUAAAGCUGCUGACGUUGAAUCGUCCGCCAUCAAAACGACUCAGCCCCUAUCCCCGAUAGUCAAGAUACAGCUACCAAAGUUUAAACCUGCGCCACCAAAUAUUAUUCUACUAUGCUCCAGCUAUCAACCGGAAAUGGUUUCUGUCGUCCCUGACGCGCCUGACUUAUUGUAUUCGUGUGAAAAUUUCGAUUCUGAGGCGGGGCCGGCUCAUGAAGCCAACGCCGAUUUUGAGACGAAAAAACCGUACCGUAUGAUCAAGCGUGCCCCGGUUACGGUCCAUUUCUGUGAUAUCUGCAAAAAGGAAUUCCGAUACCCUUCCAAGAUCAAAGAGCAUCUGAGAAUCCACAGCGGAGAACGGCCGUUUGCCUGCGAAAUUUGCCCGGCCAGAUUUACACAAAAACACUUAUUAAAGAGCCAUUCUCGAAUGCAUAACGGUGAGCGACCGUAUAAGUGCGCUUAUUGUGCAAGAUGUUUUGUCUCCGCGCAACAGCAUCGCAUGCAUGAAAAGGGACACUUGCGUGGCACCGGAACAAUGAGAGCUUCUGCAAUUUGUGGAAACCCGUCUUCGUCAAGGCAAAUCUGCCACAGCUCGCCGGGAAUUAAAUAUUUGCAGUCGCCUGAAAGAAUGGUCACUGUGGCGGAAAAUAGCGCGUGGCAAAGCUACGAUCAAGCCGACCGAUUACUCUUCGAAGUCGCCGAGGAGAUCGUGAUCGUGGACGACGAUCCGUUCGAAGAACCGGCAAUUCACGUUCCUGCGCAUUUUCUCGACCAUGACUACGUGGACAAGUGCGAAGUCGCAGAAGCCUCCGCGAUAAGCCCCGACCCGGGGGAGAAGCUAGAGACUGAAAUCCUGACGGACGGCAAACUGUACAGGGCCCCUAUACAACGAAAAAUUAAAAUAAUAUCGAUUGGAUUGUUGAAGCCGUGGCUCGUGGGAUAUUCAAUUGUGAAUGUGGCCAACGGAUCAAAUACCCAUCCCGAAUACAGGAACAUCUCCGAAUGCACCGUGGAGAAAAGCCACACCAAUGCGAGCUAUGCGGUGCCAAAUUCGGCCGCAAGUCUUCCCUUAAUUCCCAUCGGAAUUCGCAUUUUGAUGAAG